CAAGCCUUGGCGCACGCUAGGAGGCAGGACCCCAGAGCAGAGCCAAGGCCGGGGAGGGCAGACCAAAAGGAAGAAGCACAGAAUCCUAGAUUCCAUCCAGUCUGCCCAUGAAUAGAAGCAAAUACCCAGUGGGACUGAUGCCUUCCGUGGUCGCCUCAGCUAAGGAGCCCAAUGCCAUGUGCCCAAAGGCAGUGGAACUUGUCCUGGUCAAGGAACAGAAUGGUGUGCAGCUCACAAACUCCACCCUUGUCAACUCCCCACAAACCCCUGUGGAGACCCAGGAACGGGAGACAUGGAGCAAGAAGAUAGACUUCCUCCUCUCAGUGAUUGGCUUCGCAGUGGACCUGGCCAACGUCUGGCGAUUUCCUUACCUGUGCUACAAAAACGGAGGGGGUGCCUUCCUGGUCCCCUACCUGCUCUUCAUGGUCAUUGCGGGGAUGCCGCUCUUCUACAUGGAGCUGGCCCUUGGGCAGUUCAACAGGGAGGGGGCUGCUGGCGUCUGGAAGAUCUGCCCCGUACUCAAAGGCGUGGGCUUCACGGUCAUCCUGAUCUCGCUCUACGUUGGCUUCUUCUACAACGUCAUCAUUGCCUGGGCGCUGCAUUACUUCUUCUCCUCCUUCACCAUGGAGCUGCCCUGGACCCACUGCAACAACACCUGGAACAGUCCCAACUGCACGGACGCCUACUCCGGCAACGCCAGUGACAGCUCGGGCCUCAACGACAGCUUCAGGACCACGCCUGCCGCCGAGUACUUUGAGCGUGGUGUGCUGCACCUCCACGAGAGCCGCGGCAUCGACGACCUGGGCCCUCCCCGCUGGCAGCUCACAUGCUGCCUGGUGCUGGUCAUCGUCCUGCUCUACUUCAGCUUGUGGAAGGGAGUGAAGACUUCUGGGAAGGUCGUGUGGAUCACGGCCACCAUGCCAUACGUGGUCCUUUUCGCCUUGCUUCUGCGAGGAAUCACUCUUCCUGGAGCCAUGGACGGCAUCAGAGCAUACCUGAGUGUUGACUUCCAUCGACUCUGUGAGGCGUCCGUUUGGAUUGAUGCUGCCACCCAGAUAUGCUUCUCCCUGGGCAUUGGGUUUGGGGUGCUAAUCGCCUUCUCCAGUUACAAUAAAUUCACCAACAACUGCUACAGAGAUGCCAUCAUCACCACCUCAGUCAACUCCCUGACGAGCUUCUCCUCCGGAUUCGUGGUCUUCUCCUUCCUGGGGUACAUGGCCCAGAAGCACAGUGUGCCCAUCGGGGACGUGGCCAAGGAUGGGCCAGGGCUAAUUUUCAUCAUCUAUCCCGAGGCGCUCGCCACGCUCCCGCUGUCCUCGGCCUGGGCUGUGGUUUUCUUCAUCAUGCUGCUCACCCUGGGGAUCGACAGCGCUAUGGGCGGGAUGGAAUCAGUGAUCACCGGGCUCAUUGAUGAGUUCCAGCUGCUGCACAGGCACCGGGAGCUCUUCACCCUCUCCAUCGUCCUGGUCACCUUCCUCCUCUCCCUCUUCUGCGUCACCAAUGGUGGCAUCUAUGUCUUUACACUGCUGGACCACUUUGCAGCCGGCACAUCCAUCCUCUUCGGGGUGCUCAUCGAGGCCAUUGGGGUGGCCUGGUUCUACGGUGUGCGGCAGUUUAGCGAUGACAUCAAGCAGAUGAUUGGGCAGCGGCCCAGUCUGUACUGGCGGCUGUGCUGGAAGUUCGUCAGCCCCUGCUUCCUCCUGUUUGUGGUCGUGGUCAGCAUCGUGACCUUCAGGCCCCCGCACUAUGGAGACUACAUCUUCCCUGAGUGGGCCAACGUGCUGGGGUGGGCCAUCGCAGCGUCCUCCAUGUCCAUGGUGCCCAUCUACGCUGCCUACAAGUUCUGCAGCUUGCCCGGGUCCCUGCGGGAGAAAGUGGCCUAUGCCAUCACCCCUGAGAAGGAACACGAGCUGGUGGACAGCGGGGAGGUGCGUCAGUUCACGCUGCGCCACUGGCUCAUGGUGUAGAGGGGAGUGGAGAAAGAAGACCCAGGGCGGCCAUCCCUCUGUGCGUGAGACGCAAACCAAGACGGAAAAAACUGAGCUUGGACAGAAAGGGGGGCUGCUCUACUAUUCAACUUCUGCUUCACUGGAAACAAACAGGAGCUUUAUCUUCUGACUGUUUACACCCUCGUGCCAUGGGGAGAGGACCUGCCAUCCCUCCUGUGUCGCUGUGUAACUUUGUAGAUCUGUGCCCGUUCCCGCAGGUAGAAAACAUUGUGUUCUGUUCAUGUGACAUGGCUCCCCAGCCUCAGCCGCGGCCCGGAGCACAGGUCUCGCUCAUCUGCGUGCCAAAAAGAAAUGCAGUAAUUAUAGGUGCACUCUGCAAGAGCCCAGUGCUCACAACGGCUUCCUGAGUCAUUUAUUUUGCUCAUUUAAAAAAGCCAAAUAUCAUAUUUUGCCUAAUUGUGCAGAAGGUGAAAUGGAAGAAACUGUGCAAAAUGUGAUAAAGUGGGGGCCUUCUGUCUCCACGCUACACACAGUCUGUUCAGUGCCACCGAGGAUGAGGGACCCUUAUGUGAUAGGAACACUGUUUAUUUCCUUGUAGCUGAGAAAAACAAACUCUGUGGAAUCCACAUGGCUGCCAUCACUCCUGUCUGAUGUGGGCUCUGUCAGCUCAUGGUCACC